AUGUUGUGGGACGCGAAGCCGACGGUGCGGGCGCUGCGCUUUCUCGGCCACCGCGGCCCGGUGUUGGGGGUGGCCUACAGCCCCCGCUCCGUCCUGAUCGCGAGCUGCGGCCACGACGGCUACGCGCGGCUCGUGACGCCGAACCUGAUGCGGACCUCGACGACCUACCCCUCCCCCUGCAGCCUCCAGCAGCGCGGCGAGGAGCGGGAGAACUGCUUCGCCUGGCGGGUCCACACCGGCGCGGCCCGGGCCAUCGCCUUCGCCCAGGACGCCACCGACCGCCUCUUCACCGUCGGGGACGACAAGAGCAUCAAGUGCUGGAACCUGAACUAUGUCGCGAGCACGCACCGCGGGGUCGGGCUGAGCGGGGGCCACCUGGCCAGCCCCGCCCCCCCGGAGGCCUCCUUCGCCGCCGUCCACACCGGCCACACGAACUGGAUUCGCUGCCUGGCGGUGCAGCAGGGGGGCCCGUGCCUCGCCAGCGGCGGCGAUGACCAGUGCGUCCACCUCUGGGACACCCGCACCCGGCGGGCCGUGCGGACCUUCUUCGAGCCCAGCGCCAGCGUCCGUGGCCUGAGCUUCCACCCCGACGGCCACCUCCUCGCCAGCGGGGACGGCGACGGCGCCCUGCACCUCUUUGAGCUCCGCCUCUCCCGGGGCCUGUUACAACCCGGGGCGAGCGGGGAGAAGGGGGAACGGGGGGCCCUCCUCCAGCGCUACCCCGCGGCCCACACCGGCGCCGUGCACGACGUCAGCUUCGCCCCCGCCGGGGACUGGCUGCUCUCCGCCGGGGAGGACGGGAUGGCGCGGGUCUGGGACAGCCGGGAGGGGUCGCUCUACUGCACACUGCAGGCCCACGACGGGCCCGUCCGCGCGAGCCGCUUCGCCGACGACGGGGACUACUUCGCGACCGCGGGGAAGGACAACGUCGUCGUGCUCUGGCGAUCUGGAAUUCCGACACGGAAUUCGGCUUCCCGAGCCCCUCCUGCCCCGCACGUGGAUCGUAUCGAUAACCCUUCAAGCCAAACUGAUGGCCAACUACAACGUGAAAUUGAACAGCAGGAAAAGGUUCUGACAAGUCACCUUACGGGUGAAGAGUCCAAAGGAAAGUUGCCGACACCUCGGCAGGGCAUUCUCUCCAAAGAACAGUCAUUGCGCAAAGCGAGCUUGUCGAGGCUCUCUGCACGUCCGACACCACGAAAGGACGUCAAAGCAGGGCCAAGCGAGGUACCCCCGAAGGGGGCUUCCGCGGGAUCCUCUCCUCCUACCGCCCGUGAAGCCAUAGUGUCUGGGAAACAACCGCCACAGCGCGAGCGUAGCUUUGAGCGGGACGAAAAACGUUAUAGUUCGAUAGGAUCCCCAUAUGGCGUUCGUGAUGGGGAUCGUCAAACUGAAGAUUCUGGCAAGGGUUCGUUAGAUGCCCAAGAAAAGCAAGGACAUGCUUAUGAACGGGAGGGUAAGAAACUGGUGAACUUUUUUACGCAUGAGGAUGAAACAAAGGCAUACCAAGACGAACCCACUCAGGGCAAGCGUUUGGAAAAUGUCGAGCACGCACUAGCCUCUCUGGCGGGGUACUUCCAUAAGCAACAGUCUCUAGUUUACCAAGAGAUCGAUAGUCUCAAAAGACAAUGGCAUACCCACAAUGAGAAGCAGCAAGAUGAUAUUCGGAAUCUCAGCACAAUGAUGGAGAAGCUAAUUGAACAGCAAAACGUGCUAAUGAAGAAAUUAGACACCAGCCCUGAAACGAUCAUGAACGGAAACUAA